AUGCUCAACCAUGCUCUACGACAAUUCGACAUGGGAACCAUGGCAAAAAUGAGCUUUUUCAUUCGUAAUCUCCAUCGACAACUUGAACAAUUGCACAAAGAACAAUCAACUAUGUAUAAUAAACAAUUUAUUGUUUAUCGUGGUCAAGGACUCACUCAACAAGACUUUAAACAACUAGUCUAUACGAAAGGUGGACUGCUUUCGUUCAACAAUUUCUUGUCGACUUGUACAAAACCAAAUGGCGCCAUCAGAUUCGUUCAAAAUGCACUGCGAACACAUGAAAACAUUGUGGGUGUUUUCUUUAUUAUCACAAUCGAUCCGAGUGAAGUAUCAACUUCGACUAGUCCGUUCGCCUUUAUCAAGAAUCACAGUGCUUUUCCUCAAGAAGAAGAAAUUCUCUUUUCAAUGCACACUGUUUUUCGUGUCGGUGAUACCAAACAAACGGUUAACAACAAUCGUAUAUGGGAAGUACAAUUGACUUUCACAGGUGACAAUGAUCCGCAACUGGCUGCUCUCACACAACGCAUGCGAGAAGAGAUCGAUGGUAUUGGAUGGUAUCGAAUGGGUCGAUUAAUGCAUCGAUUAGGUCACUUCAAUCAAGUUGAGGAACUCUACAAUGAAUUACUCAAGGACUCUUCCAGUUACAGUUCUAGAGCACAUAUCUAUCAUCAACUUGGAUGGUUAAAAAACGACCAAGGACAAUAUAAAGAAGCAGCUUUGUUUUACGAAAAAGUACUCAAAAUCAGUCAAAAAACUCUCCCGGAAGAUCACGCUAGUUUGGCUGAUACCUACAACAACAUGGGUCAAGUGUAUCACACCAUGGGUUACUAUUCGAAAGCACUUCAAUUUUACGAAAAAGCACGUAAAAUCUACGAGAAAACUCUGUCCCCAAAGCAUCAUUCAUUGGCUACUUCCUACAACAACAUCGGUGGAGUGUAUGAUGACAUGGGUGACUAUUCAAAAGCACUUCAACUGUACGACAAGUCCCAUAAAAUCUUAGAAGCUCUGCCUUCAAAUCAUCCCCUUUUGGCUGCCUCUUACAACAAUAUCGGUAUAUUGUAUAACCACAGGGGUGACUACUGGAAAGCACUUAAAUUUCACGAAAAAGCACUUGAAAUAAGAAGAGCUGCUCUACCUUCGAAUCAUUCCAAUUUGGCUGAUUCCUACAACAAUAUCGGUGGAGUGUAUAUCCACAUGGGUGACUACUCGAAAGCACUUGAGUUUUACGAAGAAGCACAAAAAAUCUACGAAACAACUCUACCACCGAAUCAUCCGUGGAUGGCUGCUACUCACUUGAAUUUCGCAGCGUAUUACGAAAAAAUGGGUUAUUACGCAGCAGCACUUAAAUCUUUACAAAAUACUUUUCAAAUUCUACAAAAAACAUUCGAAGAAGGUAAUCCAGCAUUUUCUUUUAUAUUCAAUAGAUUAGGCAGAGUUUAUCGCAGUACGAAAGAUUACGGGAAAGCACUGGAUUACUUUGAAAAGUGCCUUGUCAUACGUCAACAAACGUUACCUAAUCUACAUCCUUAUCAGGCUAUUACAUACAGUGAUAUUGGUGACGUUCGCCGAUUGGUAGGAGAUCACCAAGUGGCACUUUCGUUUCAUCGAAAAGCAUUAAACAUUCAAGAAAACGUCCACUGUAAUCCUCUGGAAUGUGUAACGACAUAUAUAAAUUUCGGUGAAACUUAUCGAGAAAUGGAAGAUUAUUCAACGGCAUUGUCAUAUUUUCAAAAAGGAUUACAAAUAUGUGACAAUAAAUUACCAAGGAAUCAUCCAGAUUUUGCUGUAAUCUAUCACAAUUUGGCGAAAUUAUAUUUAGCUACUAGACAAUAUAAUACGGCCAUGGAGAAUGUUCAACAAGCGAUAGAAAUUGCCCAACAGAAAUUGCCUUCAAAUCAUCCUCAUAUUUUAGACUAUAGAGAAACAUUUGAAAAAGUUCGGAAUAAUAUGUAA